UCAAAUGCAGGGCGAGGUGGAGACAUGCAGGGCAGUCAAAGAGCUUCGAAAGUACUGCCAAAGCCCAGAGGUCAAUGUCCAGGCUAUAAGGAGACGCCUCCGCUCUCCAGAGAGCUUUGCUGCCUUUCUGCGUGGUGCCUCUCACCUCACUCACUACGAGGUCAUUCGCCACGAGCAGGAGUACGGCCGUGGCAGCAGCUUCCUUGAGGAGCAGCACUUAGGAGUAGAAAUCCAAGCACAGCAAUCAGGUUUCACUCCCCUGUUGAUGCUUUUUCCUGACUGUUGAGGAGCCCCUGGUUCUCUGCUCUUUCAUCCCUGUAAUUUGUUACAGACUGUUUGUAGUUUUAAUAAAGAUUUGGUUUGGUAGCUCAUGAGACAA